AUGCCCCGCAAGCGAACCAAGGCGAAACCUCCACCGCCUCGCGCAUCCGACGAGCCCGCCGACGACGCGCGGAACGGUGCGCGUGAGACGUGCGAACAGCCGUCGUCCGCGCGCGAUGUGGAUUCAACCUCCGCGCCGCGCGAGCGCUCCUCCGAACGUGCGUCGACGACGACGCACGCGUCGACGACGACGCACGCGUCGGAUGUAGACCAACAGUGCGUCACGCUUCGCGUCACCGUGCGCCCCGAGUUCGUCCUGAGCGAUGACGAGGGGACGACGCGGAUUCGCGUCUUGGAGGAAGUCGUGGACGACCUGAAACUCGAACUGGCUGGGUAUCGGUCGGCGGCUCGAGAGCUCGCGAUCGAGAUCGAGCGUAAGGACCGCGCGUUAGAGGCGGCGGCGAGGGAGUGCGCGAGCGAGCGAGGAGAGGGACGCGCGAGGGCGAUCGAAGAGGCCACGUCGCGGCUUUCGGAUAGGUUGGACAAGGCGGAGCGAGCGGUGGAGCGCGAGCGAGGCGAUGGUGAACGCGGGCGACGCGCGAGCGAACGCUUGAAGGCGGUAGAGCUCGAAUUAGAGCGUCGGAUGUUGCAGCAGGAUGAGGUUUUCGAACGAAAGUGGGCGACGAGAGUGGAGGAGGCAAACGCCAACGCCGAGGCGUUUCGAUGUAAGCUCGCAAAGUUGGAGCGAGAGACGCAAGCUGCGAAAAUGAGCGAGGAGGAGACGAAAUCCGAGCUCGCUAGGGCGAUGAAACGGAUCGAGGAACUGUCCCUCGAGCUCGCGAACGCGCCGAGAGCGACGGCGCCGAGCGACGGCGCCGACGUCAAGCCUCGUCGCGGACUAUUUUCCUUCAUAACCGGCGUCCCGAGCGAGGUCUACGCCGGUCCAAAGAAGAUCGUCGAGUGA